AUGGCUGCACAACAACAAGAACUAGAUGAGAAGAACCCAUUCUAUGAGUUAGUAGUCAUUUGUAGUACUUCUGGUCAAUUUGACCAAACCGUCAAUUCGUUCAAAGAGAUUAUAAAGAAGUCUAAGUUAGUAUGUAUAAAAGACUCUGAGUUGUUAGAUUGGAUAAAGAAGUACCAAAGAAGAGUUUUGAAGUAUAAUGCUAUAAAUGAGUAUAUAAAUUCUAAGUUUAAAGACCCAAAUGAGGAAAUGCAGAGAAUAUUAGAGAAGAAACACUUCAGAAACAAACAGAAAGAGAUAGAAUACAUUUCGAAGAAAUUGCAAUCUUACGAUUGGAAAACGUACCCUCAUAGAUGUCUUCUUAUCUUAGAUGACUUUGCUUCUCAUCCUUUGUUAAAGAAUAGAGAACAAGACAUGUGUCGAAUUCUUAAGAAGCUCAGACACUUUAACAUUUCAGUUGUCAUUUGUGUACAGACAGCAAAGAGUUUAAGUAAGGAUGUAAAGAGAAUACUUACUGACAUUGUACUUUUCC